CAAUUAGUGUUUUCUUUUGUUGUUGCGAUAAGUAGGGUUCUCAUUUUUUCAAAUUUCCAUCUUUGGUUUGCUGAGACUCUGCCCGCUGCCGCUGGUCGUCCGGCUGCCUUGUCAUCAGAUUAUCAUGCAGCAUAUAGGAGAUCAUCAGUUGCUUGCCCUUUGUUCUGAUAUGCAGUCAAACAGCAAAGAUCUGCUUCAUUUGGAGGCUGAAACCUCGCCCUUGGAAUCAAAACUUCUCUUCUGCAAUACAGAUGGCGGAUCUCAAUCCCUAAAGUUGAAACCUGACCUUUCUGAUAAGAAGCCUGAUAUUUCUUCUGUACCCCAAAGCCAAGUUCUAUCGAAGGUCAAGGAUUUUUUGGGAGUAUUUUUGGAAAAUACUAGAAAAGUGGAGCUUGAAGCUAAAAGGAAUCCUGAGAAAUAUGAUAUUGAAGCUCUUACCGGUGAAGAAUCUGAAUACAUAGAGAUGGACUUAAUGUUGGGUGUCGCUGAGCUUCACACUCGGGAGGCUGUAUCAGCUGCUGAAUCCGCAAUAGCAAGUUACCAACCGGUAAUCGAUCUGCCUACCAAUGAUAACGAGACAGAAUCUGAAGACAGCAGCGAUGAGGAUGACAUUCAUGAUAGCAGCACCAGCAAAAGUGAUGAUGAUGAUGAUGGAGCUUCUUCUCCGGGAGAAGAAUCUAAGCCUAUGGACAAGGAUUCUCCUAAGAAAGCAGUGAAGAGAAAGCGACAGUCAGUAAACCGAGCUAACAUAGUUGAGCUCUCUUAGCGCUGAGGACAUUAAAUUAUUGUAGCUAUUUUUUGUGAGAAAUUCAGAACAUAGUAAGUGUGCUUCUCUAUGUUCCAAUAAAACUUGUUUCAGUUCUGCCCGC